AGAUGCGCGCGGAGGGCACAGCAGAACAGUCGAGCAGAACGAGAGCAUGGUGGAACGCGCUUCGCGCACGGAGGGGAACGCGCUGAUUGACAGCUUCCGAGGCACGGAGCGCCCCACGCCGCACACGAACCGAGCCCGCUAAUCUGCCUGAACCGCUCUUGGCAAAAGCAUCUGUGCGAAAUAACCAUCCUCAUGCAUAUCAGCUACUAAACUGCCGCUGACCGGAGCCUUUCAGUCAUCACUCAAUUGUGGGAAGAAAUCAACCCCACCACAUAGCAAUGUAACAGGCGAUAGGCUAUUGCACUGUACCUUGGCUUUAUCCUUUUCACUCAAAACGGGGCAGUCUGGAAGUAACUAACUAUUUGUUUUUUUUACUUCUUCAAUACUGAGGAUAACACAUUCUUGGCACUUGCUGGACGAUUGGUGAGAGCAGUUCUGUAAGGAGAGCGCUAAUGAGUUUUUUUUAGUAGACACAUUUGUUUGGAAUAUAUUCCCGCUAUCCAAGUGACCUUUUCAUUGGAUUCUCUGUUCAUUUUCUUACUUUGACUUUCUUUGAUCUCUGAUUGUUAUAGGUUGUUGCCUGUCGAAGGUAACGGCCAAAAUUAACCGAAUUUACAACCCAGAGAGGCAAAGAAGUUCAGUUCUGUGCGUUGGGUAUGAGCUCACAAUGUGUGUGGCUGUAGCUUCCCCAUUACUCCUUCUAGAACCGUAGCCAGCCCGUGUGGUCGAGAAGUAGUUUAGCUUCUCUCUCCCUCUGUACGUGAACACUUAGAGCUAUCACCCCGUCCUAUGGAGUAGAUCGUCCGGAAAGAGACUAAUAGAGCGUUCUCCUUUCCCCCCGCCUGGUACCAACAGGCGGCUUUGGUCUAAAGGUUCUCCGGAGAAUGGUAAAUGACCGACGGGGAAUCAUGAACAGCACUUCGGAACUCGAAGAUGGACCACGGCAUAAAAACCAGACGUUCUGUGAGUGUGUACCCAGCACCUCCCAGCUUAAACACCGCUGGUCAGACUCAGACACAGUCAGAGAGACCCCAUCACCCACCAAGAGGAUGAGCUGCAGCUACCUCCUGUGCACCAUCCUCCUCUUCGUCGCUGUCCUUCUGGCUGUCACGGCGACCGGCACCAUCCUCUUCAUGAACCACUACCAGGCCCCGCCCAUGUCUGACGGCCCACCCCACAUCUCAACCAAUCCGGACGAGGCCAACGCCCUGGUAACCGUGGAGAGGGGCGACGGCUCACGCAUCAACAUCUUCAUCGACCCCAACUGUCCGGACUACAACGGGAACUUCCUACGCCUGGAAGGGGUGCAGACAUCGCUGCUCCACUCGCUGACCGACCACGACACCGACCUGAAGUCGGUCAAAGGUCAAGACCGGGCGCUGCUGGUCAACCUAGCUGAGGAGGUGGCCAAACUGUCGGCCCACGCUGGUCAGCUGAAGAUGGACUACGAGUCUCUGAGACGAGGCCAGGGGAGUCUGGGGCAGGACCUGAACACACUGCAGACAGAGCAGGGACGCCUCAUACAACUACUGUCUGAGAGCCAAAUCAACAUGGUGAAGGUGGUGAACACUGUGAGCGAUGCUCUCAGCUCCAUGCAGAAGGAGACAGGGGGACUGAAGGCUCGGGUCAAGGCUGACCUACAGAGAGCACCGGUCAGAGGGGCUCGUCUCAAAGGCUGUGCCAAUGGCUCUCGUCCUCGUGACUGUGGUGAUCUGUAUGCUAAUGGUCAGAGGGAGGAUGGCAUCUACUCUGUGUUUCCCACUCACUACCCCUACGGCUUCCAGGUCUACUGUGACAUGACCACGGACGGAGGGGGCUGGACUGUGAUCCAGCGCAGGGAAGAUGGCUCGGUCAACUUCUUCAGAGGAUGGGACUCCUACCGUGAGGGAUUUGGCAAGAUCACUGGAGAACACUGGCUAGGGUUGAAGCAGAUUCAUGCCUUGUCCAUCCAGGGUAACUAUGAGUUGAGGAUUGACCUGGAGGACUUUGACAACAGUACAGCCUACGCCCAGUACGAGACCUUUGGAGUGGGCCUGUUCUCUGUGGACCCGGAUGAUGAUGGAUACCCACUGACAGUUGGAGAUUACUCCGGAAACGCAGGCGAUGCUCUGCUCAAGCACAACGGGAUGAAGUUCACAACCAAAGACAAGGACAACGACCACUCAGAGAACAACUGUGCCUCCUUCUACCACGGCGCGUGGUGGUACCGCAACUGCCACACGUCCAACCUGAACGGACAGUACCUCCGCGGGCAGCACACCUCCUAUGCUGACGGCAUCGAGUGGUCCACCUGGACCGGCUGGCAGUACUCCCUCAAGUUCUCUGAGAUGAAGAUACGACCCGCGCGCGACGAGAGCAAAUGAGUAUAUGACGCAAUAACAGAGGAAAGGAGUUGAAAGUGUUCAGAGUAAUAAAACCACACCCUCAGAUACUGUUUACUGAAUGACUAAAAGGAUUGACAUCUUUGAUUGGUUUACUACUAUUCUCUACUGUUUCCUGUGGAGCCCUUGUCCCUCUCCACCACCUCCCAGCCCCGCCCAACUUCAUGUGCCCCACCCCUACCCGUAGUCCCCUAUCGCCUACUAGUGUUGUGCUGAGGCUUUUUGUGCCCCCCUCCCACCCACACACUUGAGUCUGAUUCACUCUGUUCAUCACUCUUUCUAUUAGUGCUUCAUUUAUAUCUAGUUAUUAAUCAAGUAUCUGUCUAUUCCUUCUGAGCCUUGACCUUGUCCUUGACCUGUCUCCUGUGUUUGUUGUGCCCUGUAACCAGUAUUCCUAUUCCCACAGUCCUUUGCUGCGUUGCUGCCAGUCAGCGAAGCGUGGCGUUACCGUGUGACCUUAGAACAAGUGACUGAUUCAUGAUAUGUCAGAAACGGAGAUGUGACAUUACAGUUGGAACACACACACACACAGACACACACACAAACUUACACACACACACACAUACACACACGCAUACACACACGCACACACAC